AUGUCCGCAAGGCAUUUCGCUUCGGGAGACAGUGCCGACGUGCGUUCGCCAGACACUCGGCUGUCGACCAGGGGCGUCGUCGAGUCGCAUCUCACCGGCUGGAUCCCGGAGCGGGACCUGCGUGAGGCCGGCUCUUCCUCGGGCGCCCAGCCCAAGCUGAGCCCCGUCAAGAGGUGCUGCCCUGGUGCCAGGCCUGCCAAGACGGCUCGAAUGCAGCGCAAUACGACCGCGGUGACGGCGACCGCCGCAGCGAUGCCCCACCGUCGCCGGUCGUACGAGGACAACUUCGUGAACCGGCAGAGCCUGGAGCUGGCCCAGUUAAGCCUAGCCGAGGAACGGGACGAAGACGAGGUCGAGAUGGCGAGCGCGGAGGCCGCCGCCCCUUCGCGGGAGGCCACCGCCGUCUUCGCCGGAGGCGCCGGCGACGCGUCGGCGAUGCCUUUCGCGUCUGGCGAAGAGCGCGCGAUGGCGGCGAGCGUCGACGCAACGCGGGCCUACUUACCGAGGGGCACGUUCGGCGAGAGAUGGACCCCGACGUGGAUGUAUGGGCCGGCCGUAGCACCGUUCGGCCCAGCGUGCCGAGAUCUGCUCAAGCCGUAGCGCCCACGCUGCUCACUCCCGCAACGAGCCUGACACUCAACGUCGUCGAGUCCUUUCGAUUUCCAUGAUUAUUUCCCCCCUAUGACAUUAUUUUAGCGUUUGUACUGCAUAAAGUUUUGAUAAAUGCCUUGAACGCCCGUAGCCCACUCUUCUGUCUCAGGAUAACAGUUUGGUUGACCUUUCUGUGUCAGCUCCGAUUUACUACUGCGCGUGACCCCCCACCGCCCCUGUAGAUGCUGUG